AUGCUCGCAACUUACCUAAUCGUAACUGUGGCAACAGUUGUGAUUGUCAGGUGGCUGAAAAAGUAUUUAGCCUAUCGCGCCUUGUUCAACAACUUACCCGGAGAAACCGACUUCAGCUACCUAACUGGCACUAUGCACAAGAUCCCAGGUACCAAUGAGGACGGGUUGGCCUACGAACGUGAAAAUGCGCGCAAGUAUAAAUAUUUUCACAGAGUCUGGGCGGGUCCAUUGUUGCCGGCUUUGCUUCUGUACCACCCGGACACAAUCAAGGCCGUUAUCAAGUCUCAGGCCCCCAAGCCCCGAGGCAAACUCCUCGCCACAGCCUACGACAUGGGCGUCCGCUGGCUGGGCGAGGGCUUGAUCAUCGCCAACGGAGACAGAUGGGCUCGCAGCCGACGUCUUCUGACCCCAGCCUUUCACUUCGACAUCUUGAAGUCUUAUCUGGACAUUUACAACAAGUGUGCCGACAUCUUGAUUAACAAAAUAUCGACAUCAAGUUCUGGAGGCAAGAGUAUGGAAAUGUACUCACUCAUCAACAUGCACGCGCUUGAUAUCAUUCUCAGAUGUGCUUUCUCUUACAACUCCGACUGUCAAACUCUAGAGUCUGGGAAUGAGUAUGUCAAGGUCAUUUCAGAACUGCAGAGACUGUGGUCAAAGAGAGCCCUACAACCGCAUCUGUUCGUAGAGUUAAUCUAUAGCGUCUCCACUGACGGGAAACGUUUCUACAAACUAUGCGACAUCGCACACCAAGUGUCUGAGGACGUUAUCGAGAAGAGGAGAGGGGAACUGGAGAGAGAUCCAAGUCUGGCAUCGCAGAAGAAAGUCAAAGAUUUUCUAGAUCUCCUGCUGUCCGCCAGAGACGAUGAUGGCCAAGGUUUGAGUCCUGUGGAACUCAGGAACGAAGUGGACACCUUCAUGUUUGCAGGUCACGACACAACAGCCAGCGCUAUGACUUGGACACUGUACGCCUUGGCUGGACACCCAGAGUGUCAGGAGAGGGUCUACGAGGAGAUUAACCAGCUCUUGGGGGACAGGCAGGAUUUGGAGUGGGGUGACCUGGCCAACUUGGAGUACACAACCAUGUGUCUCAAAGAAGCCAUACGCCUCCACGGUCCAGUGCCUCUGAUUGAGAGACUCACUUCGGAGGAUUUAAGUAUUAAUGGGACCAUCAUCCCAGCAGGUACCCGGGUGGCCUUCUACCUGUACGUGCUCCACAACAACCCCCACAUCUGGGACGAGCCGCAUGAGUUCAGACCCGACCGGUUCCACCCAGACAAACAGCGGCACAUGGAUCCAUUCCAGUACAUCCCAUUCUCCGCCGGAGCCAGAAACUGUAUCGGGCAGAACUUUGCCAUGAACGAGAUGAAGACGACCAUUGUCAAGGUCAUCCGAAAGUUUCAGCUGUCUCUCGACCCACAAAACCAGGCCAGACGAAACAACGUAGUCACCAUGAAACCAGAAAACGGCGUCUAUUUGUAUGCCACUCCUCGUUCAUAA